ACGCGCGUCUCAUUCGACUUUCGACGUUCGCUCGUUAAAAGUAUAAAUCCGAGCCGCGCUCUAUAAUCUUUGUUUUUAUAUUUUGCGCCCGUUCUUAAGUCCGAUAAACAAAGACUCUACUAUCGUAAACAUUCUUAACGAUGUUAAAAAUCACCCGCCGAUAACGUUCGUACGCAAAAAGGGUUAUUGUUGUUAAAGCGGUUUCCAUGAAAAACCGAAUCGAUGCCAAAAUUUCUGGAUUGUUUGAACUGCUCUCGAAUUAUUAUGGAUACGGUGUGAAAAGUGCGGGGUUUUGAGGUUUUUUUUUUUUUAAUUAAUUGCGGAUAUCGAAAAAUGGUAACGGCCAGUGUGAGGAAACGGGCUGUGGAUAGCACGGGAGUUCAAGAUGAACGCCCUCGACGUUUCUUCAAAGGCUCCUGCGGACCUGGCAAAUGUAGAGGAGAAACAGCCUGCCAGAAUUUUGAAAAUAACACUUACACCUGCGUAUGUACUCACACUUCCUUACCGCCUACUUGGGAGGGAGAUUGCCCUCGAAUAAUUGUCACACAAGAUAAGACUCCUCAGAAAAUACCAGUUCAGCCUUUAUCAGAAAACAGAGAUGUUAACUUAGGCAAUUACUCUUUAAGGUUCAAUGCUAGUCAACAGGAGCCUUUGGUGACUCCUCGCAUUCAGUUACCAGAAACUGCAAUUUCAACUACCACAAGCGGUUCUCUUGCCCCAGUGAUUCUGGCACUGGGUCUUAUUUUUGGAGUGCUCAUCCUGGUUCUAGCAAUUGUCUUUCACUUAAGAGAAAAAGCCAAACAGAAGUCACAAGACGCUGAUCCAGAGAGUCCAAUUCAUUUGAAGAAUAGUCUACUGCUACCUGAACGAUAUACUCCCAACCCUCAAUAUUUCAGUUUUUGCAAUGCAGACGUACCGGUUAUCCGAAGGGAACAGUUUAAUUUUAUUAAAGAGUUGGGCGAAGGCUGCUUUGGCAAGGUUUAUAAAGGUGAGCUCAUUACCAACACCACUAAUAAAACAGAUGCGGUAGCUAUCAAAGUCUUAAAAGAAACCGCCAACAAAGAAGCAGAAGAAGAUUUCUUUCGCGAGGUAGAAGUGAUGAGCACAUUUCGACACCCCAACAUACUUUCGCUACUUGGAGUAGUUUUAAAAGAAACAACUACAUCAACACCCACAAACUAUAUGAUGAUAUUCGAAUACAUGGAAUACGGUGAUUUAGCUGAGGUGCUUCGAGCUCAGCAACGUUUAGGCUCCGAAGAGGGUAAAAAAGGGGAGCAGAACCUUCCUAGUCUGAGCAUAUGUGAUCUUUUGGGUACCGCAGUACAAAUUGCCUCAGGAAUGGAAUAUUUGGCCGCUCAGAGGUUCGUCCAUAGAGAUUUGGCUUGCAGGAACUGUUUGAUGUCCGCUGGUCCUACCGUGAAAAUUGCUGAUUUCGGGAUGAGUAGGGAUGUCUAUACUUGUGACUAUUAUAAGAUUGGUGGUUCCAGACUGUUACCAGUAAGAUGGAUGUCACCAGAAAGUGUAAUCUACGGUCGCUUCACACUGGAAUCCGACAUCUGGUCAUAUGGGGUGGUUUUAUGGGAGAUCUACAGUUAUGGAAAGCAACCUUAUUAUGGAUACAGCAAUGAAGAAGUGGUAAAGAAAAUUCUUGACGGGGUUAGGUUAACACCCCCGGAAAACUGCCCUUCUGCCAUCUACGAGUUGAUGCGAGGGUGUUGGAUUGAAGACCCUAAGGAGAGAUUUACGUUUUCCUAUAUUAAACUCACCCUAAAGGAAAUCUACAAUAUUAUGUUAAAGGAAAACCUAAAUACAACAGCAACUACAUCCAACGGUUCAAAUGCUCCCAAAACGUUGCCCCGCCCACCUCCACUACCAAAAAAGGAAGUUUUGGAUGCCCAAGGGUAUUUAUUGCCCAUCCAAGUGGAUCACGUGCCAGAAUAUUUAAAAACUGUGUGUGACUCGGUUAUUUGAUGUAUAUAAAUGACAAAUUAUUGUAUAUAAUGCGAUCUCAGAGACAAUACAUAAUUAUAUAGUGUGUGUUAUGUGA